AUGGGUGACGCAAGUCGUGAUGUGAUGGGUGACGCAAGUCGUGAUGUGAUGGGUGACGCAAGUUGUGAUGUGAUGGGUGACGCAAGUCGUGAUGUGAUGGGUGACGCAAGUCGUGAUGUGAUGGGUGACGCAAGUCGUGAUGUGAUGGGUGACGCAAGUCGUGAUGUGAUGGGUGACGCAAGUCGUGAUGUGAUGAGUGACGCAAGUCGUGAUGUGAUGGGUGACGCAAGUCGUGAUGUGAUGAGUGACGCAAGUCGUGAUGUGAUGGGUGACGCAAGUCGUGAUGUGAUGAGUGACGCAAGUCGUGAUGUGAUGGGUGACGCAAGUCGUGAUGUGAUGGGUGACGCAAGUCGUGAUGUGAUGAGUGACGCAAGUCGUGAUGUGAUGGGUGACGCAAGUCGUGAUGUGAUGAGUGACGCAAGUCGUGAUGUGAUGGGUGACGCAAGUCGUGAUGUGAUGAGUGACGCAAGUCGUGAUGUGAUGAGUGACGCAAGUCGUGAUGUGAUGAGUGACGCAAGUCGUGAUGUGAUGAGUGACGCAAGUCGUGAUGUGAUGAGUGACGCAAGUCGUGAUGUGAUGAGUGACGCAAGUCGUGAUGUGAUGAGUGACGCAAGUCGUGAUGUGAUGAGUGACGCAAGUCGUGAUGUGAUGAGUGACGCAAGUCGUGAUGUGAUGGGUGACGCAAGUCGUGAUGUGAUGAGUGACGCAAGUCGUGAUGUGAUGGGUGACGCAAGUCGUGAUGUGAUGAGUGACGCAAGUCGUGAUGUGAUGAGUGACGCAAGUCGUGAUGUGAUGAGUGACGCAAGUCGUGAUGUGAUGAGUGACGCAAGUCGUGAUGUGAUGAGUGACGCAAGUCGUGAUGUGAUGAGUGACGCAAGUCGUGAUGUGAUGAGUGACGCAAGUCGUGAUGUGAUGAGUGACGCAAGUCGUGAUGUGAUGAGUGACGCAAGUCGUGAUGUGAUGAGUGACGCAAGUCGUGAUGUGAUGAGUGACGCAAGUCGUGAUGUGAUGGGUGACGCAAGUCGUGAUGUGAUGGGUGACGCAAGUCGUGAUGUGAUGAGUGACGCAAGUCGUGAUGUGAUGAGUGACGCAAGUCGUGAUGUGAUGAGUGACGCAAGUCGUGAUGUGAUGAGUGACGCAAGUCGUGAUGUGAUGAGUGACACAAGUCGUGAUGUGAUGAGUGACGCAAGUCGUGAUGUGAUGAGUGACACAAGUCGUGAUGUGAUGAGUGACACAAGUCGUGAUGUGAUGAGUGACGCAAGUCGUGAUGUGAUGAGUGACGCAAGUCGUGAUGUGAUGAGUGACGCAAGUCGUGACGCAAGUCGUGAGAUGAGAUGUAUGAGGGGGGGCAUAGCGAGGUGCAAAUCGUGA